AUGAGGACUAAAUCAAACUCUACACAGGUUUUAUAUUUCACCCUCACUGCGUACUUUGACACCGGCCUUUUCAAAUACUUAUAUUUCAUUAGUGUCAUGUCUCUGUAUAUGUUUACAGUUGAUUCCAACGUCCUGCUGAUUGUGGUUAUCUGUGUGAACAGAAGCUUACAUGAACCUAUGUACAUGUUUCUGUGCAGCCUGUUUGUGAAUGAGCUGUAUGGUAGUACAGGGCUGUUUCCGUUCCUCCUGCUUCAGAUCCUCUCUGAUGUUCACACUGUUUCUGCUCCUCUGUGCUUCCUGCAGGUUUAUUGUUUGUGUGUCUAUGGAAGUGUAGAAUUCUUCAUUUUAGGAGUCAUGUCUUAUCUUGCAAUAUGUUAUCCUCUACAAUAUAACACACGAAUGACAUGCUGUAAGGUUGUGGUCAUUACUGCCUUCAUGUGGUUUUACAGCACACUUACUACUGCUGUUGUGAUUUGUCUGAGUGCUUCUCUGCAGCUGUGUGGGAAUAUUAUUCACCGGGUGUACUGUCACAAUUCUAUAUUGAAUCUGAUCUGUUCUGACACUCCAGUCAACAAUGUCCUUGGAUAUCUGUUUAGCCUGUUCCUGGGUCUCAUGCUCUUAAUCAUUUACUCUUACAUGAGGAUCCUUAAAGUCUGUUUUUCUGGGUCCAAACAGACCCGACAGAAAGCCGUCAGCACCUGCGCGCCUCACCUCGCUUCUCUCAUCAACUUCUCUUUUGGUUAUUUCUUUGAUGUACUUCAGAGCUGGUUCGAUAUGAGUCGUGUGCCUAAUAUUUUUUGCAUUUUCUUAUCGUUGUACUAUAUUACAUGCCAGCCGCUUUUCAACCCGUUAAUAUACAGUCUGAAAGUGUCCAAAAUAUGCAGUUUAUGCAAGUCUUACUUAUAA